AACCGAUGAGCGCUUCUCCGUUUCAACCAACUGAUAGCUUUGUUGAACACAUAUGAACGCUGUCCUCGCCAGUGCCAUCUUUCCUUAUAACCAUAUGCAUGCCGCGCUUGGACAAGUCUCACCGACUCCCAACUGAUAUCUGACGACGCUGACAUGGGCGAAGACCGUGACAUGCGACCACCCACCUGGCGUUCUCUGGCCUCUGCGGGCUCGUCUCGCAUCAAACAAUACAUCUCGAACCGCGACUUGAAGCGCAAGGAACUAAAGCCAGGCGACGCGGGCUAUGCCAACGGAGGUCCGAAGAAACAGAGCUGGACACAGUGGGCAGGUGAGAAGAUAGCAAAGAGAGCGGCCGGUGAAGAUGUUGGCGAAGAGGCUGUAGUAUUAUUUCCUGGAUGGGCUUCAAGAAGAUAUCACAGCGGGUUGUAUGACGGUCGGGAAGGCUCUCCGUACGACGUCGAGGUCUUCGUCUCUGGAUAUGCCGUCAAAUAUCGAGCGCCAGGGUUUCAGACACGUUCCCAGAAGACCCUCCUCAAAUUGGCCAAAACCUUCGCCGCACUCCCCAAACUCUCCGAUCACAGUGGCUCCACGACUCCUAAUGACAACUCCGACCCGGCCCUCCCUUCCUCGUCCUCCCACCUCUCCAAAUCCACCGAAGACCUCCUCGCCACAAUCGACCUCCCGCCCCGCCCCGACGAGAUCGACGAAGAAUCCGAAAUUCGAGCUCUUCGACACGCCCUUGCCGCAGCCUCCUCUCGUAACAACUCCAGCAACACACUUUCUUCUACCGGCAGCUCUUCGGCGCCUGGGACUCCAAAUGCUGGUUUCUCGAGUUUGCCUGGGUCGAAUUUGCUUGGAAAUACGGUGGCGAAUGAUUUGAGGAGGCUGCACGCGAAUUUGGAGGCGAGACUGCAUCCAUUUUGGGCUGGUGCAUUGGCCUCGAGGACGAUACGAAUCUCGCUACACCUUCAGGACCCUAUUCCCUCUACCAACACCUCAGAACCUCCGUCGUUCAAGUCGAAUAACCCCUAUCGCCAUUCUACUCCGUCUUCCGCAGCAUCAUCGGCAGAUUCUUACCAUCGCAGCUCCGGCUCUACGACGAGCUCAGGAGAACGCGCGCUGUACGAUAAACCACUCGCAGUACAGAAAACUGACACCGCACCGGAUGGAUCUUUCCAGUACAAAUUCGUCGUUCCGUGGGAGGAAGUAUGCACGCAUCCGAGGGGAGCUGAGGUCGCGUUUGGAGACCAUAGGCUGGAGCACGAGUUCUGCAUCAGAGCAGAAUUGUUCUCCACUCCGGAUCCAGAACUAUCUCCGCAAACACCAUCCCCUUCAUCCUCACAACCCCCACCCCAAUACCAGUAUCAACCACGGAUAUCACCUCCCUCGAGAUCGCCUGCGCAGGUCUCAACACCAGCACUAACCAGCACUCCCACACCUCGCUUCCACCCACCACCCGGUGACCCACCACUCCCACCACCACCUCCAAUCCCAGCCGCCACCGAAGCCCGUCAACUUCCCCGCAAACGUUCGAUCCCGUCCGGCCUCGCACCCACGCUCACCCCGGCUUUCGCACCCACGCUCGCGCAUUAUGGACCACCGCCUACUCGCACGGCCUCUGCUUCGGAGAAAGUUCCGUUGACGUAUUCGCCCGUCCGUGUGAUUUCGGAUAUUGACGAUACGGUGAAGUAUUCGAGUGUGACGAGUGGAGCGAGGGCGGUGUUUUAUAAUGUGUUUGUGAGGGAGUUGAAGGAGAAUGUUAUUCGGGGGAUGGGGGAUUGGUAUGGUGCGAUGUGGGACGCCGGUGUGAGGUUUCAUUAUGUCUCAAAUAGUCCCUUCGAGCUGUUGUCAGUGAUCAACGAGUUCUUCCAGCUAGCCAAGCUCCCCCCUGGUUCUAUCCGUCUACGCUCGUACGGAACUCGCAACCUCUUCUCCGGCAUUCUCUCCGCCCCCGCCACUCGCAAACGCGCCUCGGUCGUCGAAAUCCUGACCUCCUUCCCCCACUCUCGUUUCAUCCUCGUCGGUGACUCCGGCGAACAGGACCUCGAGCUGUACGCAUCGCUGGCGAAGGACAGACCGGACCAGAUUCUCGCGAUCUUCAUCAGGGAUGUAUACGCGAAUGAGGAUCCGUCGUUGACGCUCGAUGAUCCUACGGGGGAGAGAAUGCCGUAUGGUUUGGGCUCGGGCGUGAAGACGGGGAGCACAUUGACGCUGAAUAUGCCCAGGAGUAGGAAAGGCACUGCGAGCUCCGUCGCGUCCUCAUUCGGCGCUCCAGGGACUCCUGGCUCAGGUUUCGGUCACCUACCGAUCCAUCACGAAGAAGGCACGAUCAUGCCUGACGUUGUCAAUGGGAGUCGGCUUAGCGGAACGAUAGGGAGGAAGACGGCGAGACCGUCAGAGUCGUUACCCAAUUCACCGACCAGCGGGAGCUCCUUGUCCUCUACGUUGGGGGCGAUCGGGCUGGGCAGUCCGGGGAAGAAGGGGACGACGGGGAAGAUGACGCGUGCUUCGAGCAGUGAUUAUUUCUCGGCGAAAUAUCCGGCUGAGCCUUGGGAGUCUUCGAGUGAAAGUUCCGCGUCGACCGCGUCUUCUCCGGGAAUCGAGGAUGGUAGGAGGAAUGGGCAUGGACAGGUGCAUACGCCUACGCCGAGAGGACACGGACAAGGAUCCCGCAUCAUGGAGGAUCCGUUGAGCACUGAGCCGUUGACGAUGACGCCUAGUGCAUGGAACGGGAGCACACCACCUUCGCCCGCACUUUCAGCUCUCACGCUUGGUUCGACGGAAUCGGGAUACGGCCAAUCUACCUAUGGCGGUGCAGGACGGAAGGCAUAUUCGCAAAGGGCGAAGGAGAACUCGAUGAGCGAGGGCGAGAAGAAGAAGUAUAGUUUGCAGGAUAGGGUUUGGAAGGCCAGGAGGGAGGUGCCGCCGAACGUGGUUCUGAGGGUGUUCAGGGAACCGGAGGAGUGCGUGCCUGAGGCGGAGGAUGUGCUGAGGAAGGCGGGGGUGAGCAUCGAGGGGUUCACCAUGGGAGGGCAGUAAGGGCGUAAGUCCCCUAGGGCCGAGUGUGGGAGGUGCAGCUAGCUUUGUGGAUAGGGAUAUGCGGAUUGUGAGAGAGGGUUGGAUAUGGAUGGAUGUGGAUAUGGACUCACUUCAUACGGGUAAUGGGUCUGUAAUUGUCUGUUGUGCUAUGCGUUUGCCAUCGUCCGAUUAUUUCUAUUACUUUACCAUGUAUACUUACUGUACUUUUUCGUUCACCUUCUCCCGUCGUCAUGUGUCUAUAGAGAAAUAAACGCGCC